GGCACAGCAUUUUGUUGGCGCUAGCAUUCACUCAGGGCAUUUGCUGCAUGUGACAGAUCGAAUGGAGGACUUUUGUUUAUAUUUGAUGAAUGUUUGCUUUGACGCGAUCAAAAUACAUGUCGUUUUGGGUUUAAUACUUCUUAUUUCUUCACUUAAUAUCUCAUUCCACAUAGGAGAAAAAAAAUGAAAUUUAUAAUAACAAAAGUUCAAACCUUUUAGUUUUUGAAAAACAUUUGACAUUUGCCCGACUUGAAAUACACCAAUGAAUCGAUAAACAAUCUGUCAAAUCCCUCCCGUUCUUGUUAUUGUUUUGAUUUUUGGAAAAGAAUCCUUGUUUAUUCUUCACUUUUCAUCGCCAAAAUAUUUCUCUUCACGCUGCCUUCAAUCCCACUUUCCAUUGAAUCCAUAAUCAUAAACACACACUGCCCAAUCAGCCAAUAGCCACUUGACGCUAUUUUGUUUUGAAAAUUCUUCUGCGAACGAUGACGUUGACAUUUCAGUCGGUGUUGACAACUCAUUUUAAAUAGAACAAAUUUUUUCUGUCUACGACCAAGAUUUUUAAUAAACAAAACAUCAAACCAUUCCCAUAGAAAAUUCCAUAAAUAGGAAGAACAAGAUGACAACAUCGAGUUUAUUGGAUAUCGAUGUUGACUCAUUGUUCGAGCAAUGUAACAUCAGUGAAAUUGACCUCGUUCACAAAAAGCUCCAGCAGAGCAUAGAGGCAAAGAAGGAAGAGUUGCGAAUAAUGGUUGGUGAGCGUUAUCGUGAUCUCUUACAAGCGGCCGAUACGAUUGGUGAGAUGCGUAAAACAUCAUCAAAUGUCAUUGAGCAUAUACAAGGAAUCAUCGGAAGUUGCCGGAAUCUCAAUGAGCAUCAAUUGAUUGGUUUCAAAAUCGAAACGAAUGCCGAACGUGGUUUGUUGCCAUCGGAUGGAGUGCAAAGAAAUUACUAUGGCUGCAUGACACAGAUUCACCUCUUGACCAAAUUGCCUGAAUUAAUAUGGAGUCGUCUAGAUGAAUCGGACUAUUUCAUUGCAACGCAGAUGUUUAUCUUCGCAAGACACAUCAUCACCGGAUUGCAGUUGGAUGCAAAUAUCGAUAUCAUGCGGAAGUUCCCAGUGGCCAAACGACAGUGGAAUCAUUUGAAUCAAUUCUUUUUCAUGAUCAAGCAAAUGUGCCUCGAGCAAUUGGAACGGCCGGAACUUUCAACAGAAACGGCUGUCAAGUGCCUCACUAGUUUGGUUUUACUGGAAAAUUGCCAACUUGAUAAAUUGCUUGCGAUGUUCAUUCAACUGAGAGCUCGUGCAUUCCGUAGAAUGUUGACGACAAUCAACGAUGAGCACAAUAUUGCGGGAAAACCGCAUCAAUCGGUUAAAAAUCGAAUUAUCGACAGCUUGCAAUUGCUGAACGAAACAAUUCUGCAGGUUUUCAAAUGCUUUAUCGAUAAUAAUGAUUCUAGUGAAUCGACUGCAGGGAAAAAAUGCCUAUUGGCUCGAGAACUGGAGUUGAUCACUGGACCAAAUGCCAAACCUGUCAUUCAAAUGAUUAAGUUGGACGAGUCGCUGAUGAACGACACUUUGCCAUCGCUUAUAUCGAAAUUCAAGCCACAGAUCCAAAUCCAACCAAUUGAUUCGGAUGCAGUGCGGCGAGCUCUUGAUACAUGGCUACAAACUACGGAAAGCGACUCGAAACAACUGCUUAAAGUUGUCAUUAAUAAUAUCAGCUCGGUUCGAACUAUUCACAAUGUGAACAAAGCGGUUUCGGAAUUGGAAACACCAGCAAAUUGGAAGCAAAUCUUGCAAAGUUUGCAUCUGAGCAGCAACAUUGACUUUUAUCACAAGUUCUAUCAGCCAUUAAUGCAAGACCGCAUUAAAACCAUCAUCACAACAUCGUGGCAAACGGCCAUCGAGCAAACUGAGAAGAAUAUUUCAGAAGUAUUCGAAUCAAAUGUCCUGUCCAUGAAUGAUGAAAAACCAUUUUGGGACGAGGAACCUGAGGAUAGUCCAAAGAGUUUGAAGCAAGCAUUGGAUCAAAAUCGCCAAAAUCAUCGUCUUCUAAUGAAAAUCAAAGGCUAUUCGACGGAGCUGUGCACAAUUUGCAAUGAAUUAGAUAAAAGUGUUGAGUCGAUUUACAAUGAUUUGAGUUUAUACGUUAGUUCAUCGUCUACGGAAAGAAUUGAAUUGAGAGACGAUCCAAAUGUUCGUAAGGAACAAACGCAUCUGGUCGAGUUUUUGCGAAGUUGUAGUCAAAAUGGAAUUUCUGAUUUGAUAUCAAAGGCUAAAUCAUUGGGAGCUGCAAACAAUGAUCGAGCCCAUUCGAUAGCAUUUCUAGCUAAAUUGCUGAAGGCUGUGACGGAGAUUUGUCCGAAUGUGAAGCAAUGUUUAAUGCCAACAUCUUUGCUCCUAUCGAACACAUGGAAUGAAUCCUCAAACGUGUCACAUAUUGAACACUGGGAACGGAUAUGCCGCUUGUUAAACGAAGAAUCGGUGAAUCUUUGGAAGCAAUGGAUUGACUUAUUUAUUGGUGAACUUUUGCGGAAUCAGAAUGGUCUGUGCUUUAGCAUUAAAAUCGAUUUAAUGACAUUGCUCAAUGUGUUUCUAAACUGGGAAACUUAUGUAAUCGAAGAGAAAGACGAAACAAAUGCAUCGAUUCAGUCAACCAUUCGUGUUCCGGCCCAUCCAAGUAUUCCACUACAAAAGUGUCUCUUCGACUCGUGUACCAAAUUGAAUGAGAAAAUAGCCGAAACAUUACCGAAAUCCGUAACUACACUGUUGACCGACCGUUUAUUGGAUCGGAUUGUAAACACUUACACGGAGCUCAGCGAUAAGAAUGAGUUUAUUUUCACCAAUCAAAAUGCGUGCUUGCAACUCUAUUUCGAUUUAAAGUUUUUGACACUUUUAUUUUUGAAUGGAAAACGAAAUGAUCAACUUCAAGCGCUGGCCAAUAAAUUCAAAGCCGGCAUCGAUCCAUUUGACUUUGAACUACUUCACAAGUAUAUAAAUGUCAAUGUAAAGUUGGCCGCACAGCGUAAGCAACAUCAAUACGGUUUGCUCAUAUCCAGCACAACAGCAAAUCAAUCGCUAUUGGCUGCAAUGUCCAAAACUGGUGCCACAAAUUUAGCCCAAGAAAAAGAUCCAAACUUAUUGCCGCUGGCAAACAAUGGUGUUGCACACAGCAAUUGGUUCACAUUGCUACCAAUUGUCGUUUCAACAAAGACAGCCGUUGCGUUGAGUGAACCGGUUGAAAACAAAGUGCCGGUUGUCUUAGCAAAAUCCGAUAAGAGAAAAUCGCCAUCGAAAACUAGCGGAACGUCGUCGUCGUCCACACAAUCGAUUACGCAGCAAAAUUUAGCCAAUGUCAAAUCGAAUGCAGCUGCGUUCUUUGGCGCUAUGUCACAGGACUGGUUCCGAUAGGUUUUCAACUAACAUUAUUCUCGGCGAAGAUUCACAGCCACUGCUUUGUUAUGUCUCUUUGUGUUUAACAUAAAAAAAAAAUACAUAAAUAUAUUUGAACGAAAAA